AUGUGCUCAAAGUUUUCUGUGCUCAGCUUGCAACUCCUGCCUCUGCUUGGCCUCGCUUGGGUCAUUUUUCCAUUUCACUUCAAAGACUUCUCUCGAGCCUGGCUCAGGCUCCUCGCUGCUGCUGUGCAGGCUGGGCGAAGCUAUCUUGCAUCACGGCAGUGGGUGGAAGCUCUGAGGUUUUCUAGCAUCAACCAGAAACGCUUUAUAGCGGUAGGUGCAGUGUGGGGGGACGUAGCACGAGACGAGGACACUUCUCUGAUGCAGCCUCUCAGCCGAGGCCAGUGGCAGAGUGUUGAGACGUCCCAGACGGGUCGAUGUUUUCCUGCCAUGCAGCAAAACCCACCGUCUCCUUAUCCCCAGGUCUUCUGGACAAAUAACAGCGCAGUUUUGAGCCCCAACGGUGCCCCAGUGGGAUUGUACCACUCUGAGGCUGGACUUCAUCAAGAAACGCGCUCCUCUUGGCCUGUGCCAGACGGGAAGAGGCAGAGACCGAAGGCAAAAGAUGCCAUAUGCCUCUGUUUCCUGGUGGUUUUUAUGCUGCUCUUGCUGGCUCUCACAGGGGUUGGAUUAGUGAUGUUCCAGAUCUACCGUCUGCAGAAGGAGUUGGAGCUUGCUCAGAAUGGACAUACACCUCAACCUCCAGAGAAGCUCAAAGGUUUCCUGAACAGAACCACCGAAAAGAUCGUCAAGAGGAGGGCACACUUAACAGGUAAAGUCAACCAGAAGUCUUUGCCGCUAGAAUGGGAUAAUACCUACGGACAUGCCUUUGUCUCUGGGGUUCGAUAUGAAAACAGGGGCCUAGUGAUUGAAGAAGCUGGUCUGUACUUUGUGUACUCGAAAGUGUUCUUCCGAGGUGGGCACUGCACCAACCAGGCCCUUGACCACAUGGUUUUCAAACGAAACCCGGUUUACUCUGGUUACCAGGUGCUGAUGGGGGACAGGAAAAUGAACUACUGCGUGACCAGGGGCAUGUGGAGCAGUGACAGCUACCUGGGCGCCUUGUUCAACCUUUCUAGGCAGGACAGCCUGUAUGUGAAUGUCUCUGAGCUCAGCCUGGUGAAUUAUGAGGAACCGAAAACUUUCUUCGGCCUAUACAUGCUUUAG